CCCAAAACCUCGUUCUGGGUUACGACGUCACCCUUAUCAGAACGCGGGAAAUACAAGUUUUAGUUCUUCGUUGCGAUUUUAUUUUAUUUUCUUAGAAAUGGUAAUAAAAAACGCUGAAUUCGUCACAAUGCAGUCAAUAAAAGAUCCCGAUGGGAGUUCAGAAGCCUUUCCCUCAAAUGAAGAUAAUAUGCCAAAAAAGAAUGAGAGUGAAAUCAGUAGUUCUCAGGUGAAUGCCUCUCUAAACAAACCAAAUAUUAAACAAUCUGCGGGACCAACCUUGAUGGUACCUGGUUCAAGUGGAAGUAAUAUUAAUUCUGAAUCUACCAAAAGUGUUGCACUUAUAAGAGAGGGCAGCAAAAUGAUACUAGACAAAACGCAAACCUUUUUUCAUGCCUCCAAAAAAAGCAAGUUCUGUAAGAAGGUUUAUCGUAGUAAUGACGCUAUUGAAGAGGAGCAACAAAGACAAAUUGAUCUUGCAAAGUUUGUCAUACAUCCAUUCAGUAUGUUCAGAUGGUACUGGGACAUGUUGAUGGUGUCUGUUUUGAUUGUAACAUUGAUCAUGCUGCCCUAUGUCAUAGCAUUCGAUCUUGCUCAGCUUACUACAACUUGGAUGGUCAUCAAUUUGGUGUUUGAUGCAUUGUUCCUGAUAGACAUCUGUCUGAACUUUCGCACAGGCAUUGUUAACCAAAGGACUGAAGAGGUAAUAUUGGAACCUAAGAAGAUAGCCUGGUCUUAUUGCAAGACAUGGUUCUUGGUAGACUUAGUUUCAAGUUUACCAUUUGAUGAAAUAUAUGUAUGGACAACUGGGGAGGAGCAAGCUUCUUAUGCAGCACUGCACCUUCUGAAAGCACUCAGGUUAACCAAAUUUCUGAGUUUACUGAAGAUAUUAAGAAUGGCUAGGUUGUUGAGAUACAUCUAUAAGAUGGAAGAGAUACUGGACAUUGAUGCAAGUGUGAUCCGUAUUUUCAACCUGAUCAUGAUGGUAUUGGUGAUGUCUCACUGGAAUGGCUGUAUGCAGUUCUUCAUUAUGUAUAUCAAUGACUUUCCAGCUGACAGCUGGGUUACAAUCAACAAUUUACAUCUUCCAAGUGCAACCAACUUGGAUAAAUACACGCAUUCAUUGUUUCGUGCCAUGUCACAGAUGGUUUGCAUUGGGUUCGGUUCAGAUGUCUCAAGAUCUCCUCUGGAGAUAUGGUGCACUAUAUUUAGUAUGAUGAUGGGGGCAACAUUGUAUUGUUUGUUCAUAGUAUCCACAAACAAUCUCAUACAAACAGUAAACAGACCAGAAAAGACAUACAAUAAAAAGAUUGCGCAAGCAAAGGAGUACAUGCGUUACAGGAGGGUCCCUUAUAGUCUACAGAAGAGAGUUUUGGACUACUAUGAUCAUAAAUACCAACGGAAAUACUUUGAUGAAGAGCUCAUCGCUCAUGAACCUCAUAUGUCAAAUGAACUGAAGAAGGAGAUCAUGCUGCACAAUUGUAAACCACUUGUAGACACUGUUGAUUUCUUAGCCCAAGGCUCCAGUGAUUUUGUGUGUGAUGUCAUAAUGAAGAUGCAUUUUGAAGUGUAUCUCCCAGGGGAUAGAAUAAUCCAGGCAGGCAAGAAAGGUGAUUCUAUGUAUUUCAUAGAACAUGGGAAGGUUGAGGUUGUUCUUCCUAAUGGGGAGGUUGUCAAUAGAUUGGGUGAUGGUCAACACUUCGGAGAAAUUGCUUUGUUGAUGGAUGAAAGGCGUGUGGCUUCUGUUGUUGCCCUUGAGAUGUGUGACUUGUACCUGCUUUCCAGGGAAAACUUUAAAUCUGUCUUGACUGAGUACCCACAAAUGGGCAGAAAGAUUGAGAGUGUAGCUCAGGCCCGGUUAGAAAGCAUACGUAAGGACUACCCUGAAUUAUAUGACACCUUCUCGGAAAAAUACAAGAGCAGUCAAACUUCGACAAUCCCUUCCGAGAGUGAAAGUAUUCCAUUGGCUACUAAUUCUACUGCCACAACUGACUCUUCAGUACAAUCUCGAAAGAAAAAUCCAACAAUAAACAUGCCGCCUGUAGAACAAUGAAAACUGGGCGCCAGUUAGAAACACAUCCAUUUUUGCAAAGAAAUGGUCAGCUCAGCUUGGAUAAAUGUAAAGGUGGUGAACCAGGAACAGUUAAAAACUGAACUAUUUUCACCCAGUCACUAACUGAGCUCAAUGCCAACGUUGCCAACUUAGCUCUAGUCAAAAAACACACAAUUUCAAAUCUAUAAAAAGCUAGUUUGUGUUCAUAUAAACCUUGGCCAGUUCCAUCAACAGUUUAUUGUAUUUAAAAAAAGUAUUCUUUACUAGUAAGUGCCAGUCCUGGAUUUAUGGCAAGCAAUGAGUAUUAUGACGUCCACUGAUACACUAUGCUUAACAUAAAUCCACACAAUCUGUUAAUGUUUAUAAUUGUUGAGUGGGUAUUUCCUUAACUCAAUACUGAUAUGGCCUAACUCACCACGUAGGUUCGGCCAUAUCAUAAAGUGAAUAUGUCACUUUAGGAAGUAAUGGUGGAGUAAAUUAUUAGAUUUGUUCUUUCGUGUAUUUUAAACAAUUCUGGAAUCUCUUCUUCGUAUAAACAGGAUUAUGUU